AAUAAAUAUACUGCUCCCUCUUAGUUGUGUUUUUUUGGAUAACUUUCAAGUCUGACCCUCAUAACAAAUCAUAUGUAACUGCCGCUCCACUUUUUAUAAGGCAUUGUGAUUAUAGGUUUUCAUAUAUAUGACUGCCACGUACUGUUAGGAAAAGCUUCUUGGAGGAAGAGAAAAAAUCUGAGACCUAAAGGACAAGCAAAAUCUCUAAAAGGAGAGAGAGCUUGGUGAUUUCAAGGAACAUAAAGUAGUUCAGAAAUACUAUGAAAUGGAGUUGUGGGGGUAGGCUGGUAAAGGUUGUCUUGCUAGAGCCUGAGCAAACUUUGAAAGACCUAGAAAAUGUAGGCUUUCUCCUUGGGGCAAUUGGAAAACAUUUAGCAAGGGAGUGAAAUGACAUUUAUAUCCAGCUUCCCUUCCCCACAGCUUUUUAAUUAGUGAAAUUAAUCUCUUUCCAAGAAGAACCAUAUUUACAUUCUCAUUUUCAUCCACCCAUCAGAAAACUCUCCAAGAACAAAGUUGCUUGAGGUAGGAAGGAACUGGGGAGCCACUCAACAGUAUCCUCCCACCCCAACUCUGCCUCUAGUCAGGACUUCGCCUAGAACAGCUGAGGUUUCUAUUUUGUGUGUGUGUUUCUCGAGAGGAUUAUUACAAAUUUUGUCGUGGGUGUGUGCCCCUCCUCUUCCCAUACCAACCCAGCUACUACCUCACGGUUUACCUGCCCAGCGAGGUUUUGGAAAGCAAGAAAACGGAAGGAGGGAGAUAAAGCAAGCUUAGAAGUGGGAGUAAGUGUGACUUAGGCUGCUACGUGUAAAAAUUCGCAAGUGUUUAGGGAAGACUCCUCAAAAUUAAGAGGCUUAUCUGUCAGCUUCCAAACCAAUAACGGAUGAAUUCGGGCGGGAGAUUCUUGAGCUGGGGAAGAAAGGCAAGGUUUGAUCAGCGGUGUAUGCAAAUUUAGGGUCCCGCUUCAGCGCCGACCGGUGAUGCCUGGCUCCUCCGAUGAGGGAGUGCCCGUAAACCUUUCUCCAAGAAAUCUCAGAAUAUCUUUGGAGGGUAGCGGUACAGGAGAAAAGAGGUCCGGUCUCGAAGGAAUCCUGACGUUGGAGAUUACACAUCCAUCUUCGCUGCAGCAAAGCAAGAACGGCGGUCGCGUCGCCGACCCGCAAGUUAGUCCUUCCUUUGACCCGGAACAGCAGCGGGAGCCGCCUCUGCGCCCAAUGCCCACGUGCCGGCAACAGCGGCCACGUGGGGCUCUGCGGAAACGCCUUCGCAAAGAUUUGUCCCCUGCGCUGCCCAGUAGAAAGGAAGGCCCGGGAAGAGCGCUGGAGGAAACGGUACCGGCUAAAGGCCGGGCUCGCGCGAGUCUGGGCCAGCCGAGGGGCGGGGCGGGGGCGGGGCCUGCGCCGGCCGCUGGCAGGGGGCGGGGCCUGGGGCUCAGAAAGGUGGGCUUUGGACCGCAGUGGCGAGCCGCUUUCUUGUCUCCGCGACUCCUCGGCUUCCGCCUUAGAGCAUAUCCCCGCCCGGCCGGCCCCUGGGUCGCCAUGGAGUCCACGCUGGGCGCGGGCAUCGCGAUGGCCGAGGCGCUGCAAAACCAACUGCCUUGGUUGGAGAGUGUGUGGCUCUGGGUCACCUUUCUGGGCGAUCCCAAGAGCCUCUUUCUGUUCUACUUCCCCGCGGCCUACUACGCCUCCCGCCGCGUGGGCAUCGCAGUGCUCUGGAUCAGCCUCAUCACCGAGUGGCUCAACCUCGUCUUCAAGUGGUUUCUGUUUGGAGACAGGCCCUUUUGGUGGGUCCAUGAGUCUGGGUACUACAGCCAGGCCCCAGCCCAGGUUCACCAGUUCCCCUCUUCUUGUGAAACUGGUCCAGGCAGCCCUUCUGGACACUGCAUGAUCACAGGAGCAGCCCUCUGGCCCAUCAUGACGGCCGUCUCUUCCCGGCUGGCCACUCGGACCCACAGGUGCUGUCCUGGGCUGGCUGAUGACCCCCCGGGUGCCCAUGGAGCGGGAGCUAAGCUUCUACGGAUUGACCUCACUGGCCCUCUUGCUGGGUGCCAGCCUCAUCUAUUGGACCCUCUUUACACUGGGCCUGGAUCUUUCUUGGUCCAUCAGCCUGGCCUCCAAGUGGUGUGA